UUAUCAUCACUGUAACCUUCUUCAUCUUAGAGUCUAAACCUUUACUUCCAGUCUAUGACUGCUUGAAAAAAAGCUAUGGAUUUAGGAAGCGAACGUUCUACACUUGAAUUGGUUGAGGAUAAUGAAGCCGCUCAAAACACGAUACAUCAUGCUGCUGAUGACAAAAUCAAGAUUAAGCACGCUGAUGAUCACGGGAGUAAGGAUAAUGGAUCGUGCACAAAUGAUGAUCCGACACAGAGGUCGGAUACUGAUCAAACUGACGAAUCCAAUGCUUUGACAGCUGAUAAUCAUGUAAAGGGUACUGCUGAAACUGUGCAGCCAAUGCAUUCACCUCUUGUAUCAGUUAAAUCUCCUGGUGCGUCAUCGUCUCCUACCACCAAAGGGUAUGGCUUGAAGAAAUGGAGGCGGAUUAAGCGAGACUUUGUUAAGGAUGCCACUGUCACGAUGAAGAGCGGUAAAAUAGUGAAGCGAGGUUUGACUGGUUCCGCAAAUCUGGAUCCAAGUAAACCACAACACAGGGCAUCACCUGAGAUCAAUCAGAACAGUGGAUCCCCUCAUGGACCAAUGAAUAUGUUCAUGAUGCAUAGCCCCAAUUCAGAUUCCAUGUUUACUGUUGGAGCUGCUUUUGCUUCAGCUACAGAUUCUGAAAAUAGUGAGGACCGGAGUAGCAAGUCAUCUACAGCGGCCAGUAUGCCAAAGGUCAGAUACGACCUGCCUUCAGUUUUAGGCUACGUUCAUGAGAAACACCAGAUGAAUUUAAAUGGGAACACCGUGGGUAGUUCAAGUCAAAGAGUUCAACAGGGAAGGGGUCGUGCUGAAAGCAGCAAGAAGGCCAGAGGAGUUAGGGUCAAAAUCGAGAAGGAAAACUCUCAUUCCAGUAUGGAAUCCGACUCAAGAAGCUCCAACUUUAUCUUUACGCAGGGUUCAAUUUCAGUGACAAGUAAUGGAAAGAAACAUAGAAACCCUGUGAAUUAUGAUGGGGAAAAUAGUGAUGAGGCACAAGGAGACGAACACCAGAUCAGUAAGGAAGUUCAAACUGCUUAUAGGAAAGAAAAUUCCGGUGACAUUGAGGAGCUUUCACCUGAUGAUUUAGCUGCAGGAUUGUCUUGGGAGGAUAAAGAUGAAAAAGGUGAGAAUCAUCAGCCUUCACCAGAUCAAGACCCGUUGGUCCAGUCUAUUCUUGCACUCCAGUCUGUCCAGGAAGCCCUUGAAAAUGAAUUGCACAAGCUAGGAGAUAUAGGCAAGGAACCUCUACAUGAUGGUUCAGUUAGCAUUAACGGUGUCAAUGUGGGUUCUGCUUUUGCUUAUGAGGUCAUCCAUGAAACUUGCUCAUCUGACCAAUUAGCUUCUGAAAAGAUAACAAAUGGUACUUCAGGUUCCCUGGAAACUCAGGUAUUCACCUUAACACACAAAGUAAAAUAUUUGGAGAGCAAACUGGAGGAAGCAAGGGUUGUACUUCGGGCGAAGGAAUCAAGAAUUUAUGAACUGGAAACCGUACAAAGUAGCAGGUUACAGAAGGAAUCAAGCACUGCAGAGUUGCAACAAGAUAAAUAUAGAGAAAUGGAACUGGACCUUGAGGGCCUCUUCCAACAAAAAAUGGAAUCCGAAAUCGAAUUUCUAGUUCUAACCAAUGAAAUAGAGAAGUGGAGAGGUGCAGUAUUUGAAGAACAAACAACAUUGGCUGGAGAACAAGAGCAGAUGUUGAAUAAGCUCGGGGAGGUAGAAAGCAAGGCUGUAAUGCUAAAGAAACAAGCGAAGGAGUUGGAAAAGUAUCACGGGAACAUAUUAGACGUGGAAGAGGUUCUAAAGAUGCGCGGGAGAGUAUGUAAGGUUAUGUCAUAUUUUUUCACACAACUGAUAUUACUGGUUUUAGUGUUCUUAUUCCUUAUCUGGCAGAUAUCAACCCAUUCAGAGGUGGUUGUCCCCACCUGAGUUUUAAGGAAAAUAGGUCUUUUCCCGUCUGUGACUGUAUGUGUAUUCUAAUGUGUCUAGGCAAUGAUCCAACUAAGUGGAAUCCCUUUUUACUUGA